CGGGCAGGGGUGGCCGGGCGACACUGGCAAGCGCCGGGACGGGGGCGCCCGCGGGGCCCGCUGUGUGAGACUCGGGGCAGUUCCUACAGCUUCAUUUUCUGGCGUUGGGGCCGCGGGGAGCCUGGCCGUGCGCUGACCGCUGACCGCUGACCGCGGGGCUGAGAGGCGUGCUCAGUGCUCCUGGCGUUCCGAGGCGGGACUUCCGGGGCGGGACUUCCUGUUUUCUUCCUGGGAAAGCGGGUCCUGCCAGGGUCCCCGGGUGUUUGGGUUUGGGGUUCACGGAGCGCCCCGACGUCCACCCUGCCGCACGCGGCUGCGGCCUGUGCGAGAGGAACGGGCCACUUUGACAGGGUGCCGAUGGCGUUGGGGCGCCCAGAGGAGCUGUGGGAGGCCGUGGUGGGGGCAGCCGAGCGCUUCCGGGCCCGCACUGGCACUGAGCUGGUACUGCUGACUGCUGCCCCACCACCACCGCCGCGCCCGGGGCCCUGCGCCUAUGCUGCCCACGGCCGGGGCGCACUGGCCGAGGCUGCCCGCCGCUGCCUGCACGACAUCGCUCUGGCCCACAGGGCUGCCGCCGCUGCCGCCCGCUCCCCCACGUCCCCACCAGCUCCGCAGCAGCGGCCGCCAAGCCCGCCCCCGCCCACCCCCGGCCCGCAGGACGCUGAUGAUGCAGACGAACAGACAGAAACCGAGAGCUCCAGGGAGCGGCUGGGUGUCAGCGACAGUGGAGGGCUCUUCGUGAUGGACGAGGACGCCACCCUGCAGGACCUGCUCCCGUUCUGUGAGUCGGACCCCGAGAGCACAGACGACGGCAGCCUGAGCGAAGAGGCCCCCGCUGGGCCCCCAGCCUCCUCAGCGCCUCCCGUCGCAGCCCUGCCCACCCAGCAGUAUGCCAAGUCCCUGCCCGUGUCCGUGCCCGUGUGGGCCUUCAAGGAGAAGAGGACGGAGGCGCGGUCGUCAGACGAGGAGAACGGGCCGGUGAGGGGUGUGGGCAGAGGGGAGACUGAGGCAGGGGGCGGGCUGCCCUGUGUCCCCCGGCAGGCGCAUGCUGCCUUCGCCCGCGCAGCUCUCCCCCACCCGCUUGGCCAGGGCCCGUGGCUGUGUCCUCCCUCCCUUCGCUUUUUCUUUAAGAUUUAUGUUUAUUUGAAGUGAGAGUCAG